AUGGAGCGCCUCCAGUCGAGUGACAAGCCCGGCACGGUUAUGGAGCUCCUGGUGCAGGUGGGCCUGGCACACCAGCAAGAGCUUCAAGCAGUGAAGGACGACGUGUUGGCAGAAAGUGCCGCUCUCCAAGCCGAGAUCGAGGAGCUUCGCAUUCUCGCAUCGUCUUCGCGAAGCCAGAAUGCCUUAAGGGUCCAUGCUGCCCCCAAGAUGCGGGGCCGGGGCAAAAGUACUGGACCACCCGGAGAUGAUGGUCGGCAAGCAUGGGCCGGCGAGGAGACGUCUGUGGAUGCCAUAGACAGAUUCGUGGCCGAAGCCAAGGCAGAAAGCAUGGAGUCAUUGAACGACGAAGUCCAAGGUGCGCAGGGCCAGCUGUUCCCGCCCGCUGUCGGUUCCCGCGCGGGAUCAAAGGCAACAAGUGAUGCCGGUGCGAUGGAGCAUGCGUCAUCUGGACAGUCAAGCACACCAGAUUCUCAUCAGCGCAGCCAGAAAACUGCAGAAAGAGGCAGUCUCCUUGAAAGAGGCAGUCUCCUUGAAAGAGGCAGUCUCCUUAAAGUCAGAGAAGAUGAGGAUGGAAAGACAGAUGCAAACAUCCCAGAGUUGUGCGACGUCUGGAAAGCAGGCCGGCGGGUGGGCAAAGCACGGGUGAACUUAUUGGCCUCUCGCUCUCGGAAUACACGGAACAGGCCUGAUGUUCUGCAAGCAGAGUCACCAAGACCGCUCGAGGAUUUCUUUGAAGAGGGGCCCGGUCGAUGCGUGUCGCGCCUGGUCGUGGCACCAACGUCGCUCAAGCGGUUGUCCUACGACGUCUUCGGUGUUCUCUUGAUCUGCUACGACCUGAUCUUCCUUCCCAUCGAAGCCUUCCAGCCCGAAAGCAGUCUGUUUAUGGAAAUCAUGGCCUGGGUUUCAAGCUGCUAUUGGCUUCUGGACAUACCUUUAUCUUUCCUGGUCGGCUACCCACUUUUGGAGGAAGGAACUGUCGAAAUGAAGGUGCCGAAGAUUGCCGCCAACUACUUAAGAACAUGGUUUGUUUUCGACUUUGCUGUCGUUUGCCUGGAUUGGGCACUACACAUUUGGAGCCUUGCGUUCGCCGCCGAUUCGGAUUCAGGAGCCGAUGCUGGUGUUGCUUUCUUCCGAACGGCAAAGACCAUCCGUUUGCUUCGCUUUUUCCGGCUUAUUCGGCUGAUGAAGGCACGCAGCCGCAUCAAUGACUUCGUCGAACGUGUGCAGUCUGAAGCUUCACUGAUCUUGAUCGGUAUUGCAAAGCUCAUAGCUUUCAUCGCCCUCAUCAACCAUCUGGUGGCAUGCAUUUGGUAUGCCAUAGGCACGUAUGAUCUCACCAGGGAGGACACAUGGCUACGGACCACCGGGUUGGAUGCCAAGAACAUAUGGUACCGAUACUCUACAGCGCUUCAUUGGUCCAUGUCACAGUUCACGCCGGCGUCUAUGGAAGUUGUCCCUGCCAAUGAGUACGAGCGCUUCUUCACUGUGUGUAUGAUCCUCUGUGGUAUGCUUAUCUUCUCGUCUUUCGUAUCUGCAAUAACCAGUGCGAUGAACCAGCUGCGAAAUCUCAACAGUUGGCGUCACGAACAGGAAUCCCUUCUGCGACGCUACCUUCAAGAAAAUGAAGUCAGCCCAUCGCUGACUGCCCGCAUCCACAACUGCUUGCAGAAAGCUUUGCAGCGAUCACGCCGCCGAGUACAUGUGGACGAGAUCCGGAUAUUUCAGCAGCUGCCAUUGAGCCUGAAGUUUGAACUUACCAGUGAAAUUUACUCGCCAACAUUGGGAAGACACCCAUUUUUCAAUUUCUGCCAUAGCUGCCUGCCUUCGGAAUCGAGGAAAAUCUACAGCAAUGGAGUUUCCCAGAAAUAUUUGGUGAUGUCGCAGGAGCUGCUGACCACGGGUGAGGCUGGCAAGCACAUGUAUUUUCUCCAAACUGGCACUUUGAAUUACAAGCAAGAAAAUGAGCCGGAGUAUAGAACCAAAGCCGAACAGCUUUGGUUGGUUGAAGCUGCCGUAUGGUUAAAGUGGAUACAUGUGGGAACUGCUGAAAGCAUCACGCACUGCGAGCUUCUGGGCUUGGACGUUGGCAAAGUGCAGGAUGUUCUCAAAGACGAGGCCACGGUGGCGACCUAUGCAAGGAAAUUUUGGAGGUAUUUCUCGGAGAAUCCCGGUCUUCUCUCAGACGUUUGGAUGGGCGACCCCGAUGAUGACGAGUCACCGCAUCACUGGGCUGCAAGUGCCUUCAGCCGUGCCGAAGAAGUUAUGGGCCGCAGCAUUCAGCCGGAGCCGCUAAGCCCCGUCUUUACAAGGUUCCUUGACAGACUCCGUCGGGCGAGCAACGGCAUGCUGCGCCGUUUCUCUGUGGCGAGCAUCGAUGUUGACGAUGCUGGACCUGCAGUCGCUGGCCCUGGAAAGCUGCCGCCGCAGCUGCAGGCGCCAAGUCGGACACAGUUGGCAAAUGCUGUUGGGAUUUGUUCACCUUCUUUAUAUGGAAGCCUGGCCGUAUGA